GUUAAAAGUAGUUAUAAAUUGAGGGCGCCAGGCGGAUAAUUGAUACCGCCAGAGAGAUCGUUCUUUGGAAACAGUCGGACUGUAAAGAAGAAAAUGAGCAAAAUGGUGACUUUUCGUUGGACCCUCCUGAUCGUCGUCUUCAUCUAUAUGUCUCAUGUUGGUUGCCAAGCCCAAAAGCCAGAUAAGAAGAGGGAAGGCAGAAAUCCAGGAAAAAUGUCAUCAUUUCAGUUCCGAUCUGUUAGGGUUAACCAGGUCUGGGAAAAGGCACAGAGGAUGGGAAAGAAAGGUAAGGAAUUAGAAAUGCUGAAGGCUGACUUGUUGAAACAUGAUGAAAGGGUUUCCCACCUCAAGAAGAUAGAGCGAGAUGGUGGUGACACCACAGGAGAACAAAGCGAAAAACUGCAUAAAAAACUUACAGAGAUCAUGAAAAAACAUAAUAUAAUACCAGGUGAAAAUCCGAACAAGCCAUAUGUACCUACGAAAGACCGACCUUUUACAGACAAACGUUUGAAUGAUCUCUGGAGGAAGACCCUUGAUGCUGAGCAUUUUGAUGAGAAAGAAGUUAACAUCAUGAAGCAGCAAUUAAAGAUUCAUCAAGAAAAGGUUGAUCAGUAUCAGGCCUUGGUCGAUGGCCUCUAUGGGAAGAAAGAUGAUGGCCCAAAUUCAGUGCAUGGGAGUAAAAAAGACAAUCUAAGUGACGAUGAGAAAAAACUAUUUAAAGCUAAAGAGCUAGACCUUAAAUUACAUCAUAAAAAGUUGAAUAAGGACUUCCAGCUGCUGGCCGUGAAGACGAUGCCAGAAGAGGAGAGGGGCGGUUUCAAGGAGCCAAGGAUCAUUAAUUUCUGGAAGGAGGCUAAGCAGUCAAACUUCACUGAGGAGGAACUGUCUUCUCUAAAGGAGGAGUUGUUACAUUUUGAGGCGAAGUUGUUUAAAUAUGACAAGAUUCAAGAGGAGGCGAUGAAAGCAGAACAUGACUACCAGAAGAAAAAGUUGAGUGGUGUAAAAGCAGAUCCAAAGAAACACAACACACUAAAGGAGAAGGCGAAAGAAUUUGGUACAACUAUUAAAAAAUAUUUUAAUGAAGUGAAAGACAAGAUAUCUAGUAGAAAGUUAAACCAUUCGGAGUUGUAAACCAUCUGUAUUCAUGCACCCAACAAGUCAGACAACAUUGAGACUAGUCUUCUACAAGGGCAUCACCAAUCACUGGUAAAGUUAAAUCUCAUCUAAUGAAGAUGUCGGUAAUCAAAUUAUAUAACACGGCAAGUCAUGUUUUGUCAGGUCUUCAGGUCAAUCUAAAAGCUGCAAGUAUUACCCAUCAAGUCAAAAGCAUCUCUCAUCAAUUUUUUAAGUCUAACCUCACCUUAUGAAGUCCUAACCAUUCAAAUCACAUCAAGUCUAGUGUUAUAAAGUCUUCGCUUCACUCAUGAAGUCAGAAAGCAUGUCUUGUGUAAACAAGUUAUCACUUAUCCAGUUGAAAGCAUAAAGUUGAGCCUCAUCAUGUCUUCACUUAUCAAGUCAAAUCUCAUCUUAUGACUUCUUCACCAUUCAAAACACAUUCAGUCUAGUUUUGGAAGAUCUUUACCAGUCAAGUCAGAAAGCAGCAGGUCUUAACCUGACCAAGUCAUUAACAAUCAAGUUAAGACCAUGAAGUUCAGUCUCAUCAAGUUUUCACUCAUCAAGUUGAAUUCCAUCUUAUGAAGUCUUCACCAUUCUAAACACGUCAAGUCUAGUUUUUACAAGUCUUCACUUAUCAAGUUAGAAAGCAAUAAGUCUUACCUGACCGAGUCAACAUCCAUCAAGUCAGAAAGCAUGAAAUACAGUCUCAUCCAGUCAGAUCCCAUCUUAUGAAGUCUUAACCAUCCAAAACACAUUGUUUUGUUAAGUCUUCACUCAUAAAGUCAGAAAGCAUGUCUUGUGUAACUACGUUAUCACUCAUCAUGUCAAAAGCAUCAACUCCAAUUUUAAGUCAACCUCAUCAAGAUAUAACACAGCAACACAUCCCAUCUAGUCUCAUCUAUUCUUUAUGCUCAUUAACUAUUACUACAAUAUGUGGUUUAGCGACCAUCGAGAUGGAUAGUACAACUAGGCUCAAGUGUCUAUGUGAUGUUUAAUUCUUCAUACCCUUACAGCUUACUAUAGUUACUGUACUAAAAGUCUUUGAAUGUAACUAAACCUACAAAAUUCAAACUAACCAAAACAGAUUAACGAACAAAGCCAACUUGCAAAAACAAUUAUUAACUCUAGGCUCAUGGAGUUGAAGCAUACAAAUUUACAAUGCUCGCUACACCAAUUUCAUAAACACAGGACCUUCAUGUUCCAAAAUUCUCCCAGUGUAUGCUUUGGUUCCCAACCUUCAUUCACAAAUGUCUGAUUCUUCCAAGUUAAGUUUACAAACCACCUCACUAUGUCUUCAUUUAUACAAGUAACUGCCCUUAUUUAACUCCCAUGAAUUCAAAGUAUGUUCGGCUAAGACACCUAAAGUCAAAUUGUUUUAAAUGUAUUCAACAAUGUACAUGUUUUUAUUAUCUGGUACCCAUUAAAGUGUCUUGAAAUCCCUUAAACCUUUCUAAUAUAAUCUAUGCUGCAGUAGAUAAAGCUGGCAAAGAAUAUAAACAUAGCUGGUGUGUAUAUUUAUUACUAUUGUCAUUUCUCUAUAUUAUUAUAUAUUAACAUUAGCCAAAGAAAAAUUAGUUUCGCCCAAGCCAAACUGACCCAUCGACUUAUAGUAAUAAAAAGAAAUCCCAACCUAUCAAUUCUAAUUUCAAACCGCUUCUGCGCUUAGGUGCACAACAAUUUUUUUGACUAAACUGUUACUUUUAUACUAUUAGGCCUAAUAUUAUUAUUAUAUUUGUAUUAUUACUACUGUUAUUAUAUUAUUGAUAUUAUUUUGAUUAUUACUACUACUG